UCUGCUCAUUAUCAGGACAGACCAUCCACAGCUCCUCAGAAUAUUCCAGACUGAAGAAUCCUCCCAUUAUACAACAGCAUUUUUCUACAACUUUUUUUUUGUCCUGAUUUGGAACUCAAAAUCCACUUUUUUCCCUCAAACUUUUGAAUUGAUCUUCAAAAAUGCUUCCAGAGACACACAAGAGUUUCAGCUAUGACGACUGCAAGGCCACUGCUGACUGGCUGCUGGCGCAGAUAGACAUCCGACCAACUGUGGGCAUCGUGUGCGGCUCCGGCCUCGGAGGGUUGGCCGACCUUUUAAAGGACCAGGUGGCCUUCGACUAUAAGGACAUCCCAAACUUUCCUCAGAGCACCGUGCAUGGACACGCAGGAAGGCUGGUGUUCGGCACCAUGAAGGGGAGGCCUUGUGUUUGCAUGCAGGGUCGUUUUCAUCUCUAUGAGGGCUAUCCAAUUCAGAAGAUCACUCUGCCAAUGCGUAUCUUCAAGCUGCUUGGAGUUGAGACAGUGAUUAUCACCAAUGCAGCUGGAGGCCUGAACCAAGACUUUAAGGUGGGCGACAUCAUGGUCAUCAAAGACCACAUCAACUUACCCGGGUUUGCUGGAACUAAUCCACUGGUUGGACCAAAUGAUGAAAGGUUUGGCGUGCGGUUCCCCUGCAUGUCUGACGCAUAUGACAGAGAUCUGCAGCAGCUGGCCAUGGAAGUGGGACAGGAGUUGGGGUACGGAGACUUCUUGAAAGAGGGAGUAUACUGCGUACUCGGGGGGCCUUCAUUCGAGACGAUCGCAGAGUGCCGAAUGCUGCAUGUAUUGGGUGCUGAUGCUGUUGGCAUGAGCACUGUCCACGAAGUGAUCGUCGCCCGUCACUGCGGCAUGCGCGUCUUCGCUCUGUCUUUGAUCACCAACUUAGGGGUGAUGGACUACGACAGCGAGGAGAAGGCCAACCACGAGGAAGUCCUCCAAACAGGCAAACAGCGAGCAGAACAAAUGGAGCAGCUAGUUUCCUCUGUAGUGAACCGGAUUGAACCCAACAACAACUACAUCUGAGAACACACUCUAGGACUAGGACACCUUAUCCUGGUUAUCCUAGUUAUAGUUCAAAGUCCUCCCAAGGAGAUUACUGCCAAAAGUAGACUCCUUCUGCGUCUAAAAUUUGCUAUGAUAUGGCAAAACCUUUGCCUCUGUAACGUGUAGGACAUACAUUCCCCUAAAGGGUGGCUCCACAAUAAGUCACUUCUCUGUUUUUUUGUGUUUUUUUAAAGGCAUGUUUGUUCUAACUUAUAUGAUCAACUUGUAAAAUAACUAUUGUUUAACUUAACAAUCAUCACAAAUUUUCUGUACCAAUCUUAACAUUAUGUGAUUGAAACAUGUACAUUGUACCAGGUAUUUUACUGCUUGUUUUUUUUUUUUAAGGUGUUGCAACUAAAAGUGCUAUUUAUUAAAACGCU